CCGCAUGGCAGGAGAAGCGAGAAGAACGGCACUUCUUGUGCGGCAACCGUCGUUGACGGACAUUUUUGUACAUCUGGUCAUUAAUAGGUUUGUUCGAGUUGCUUGAAAUCCCCAAAAAUUUUUGCACUUGAGAUGAGAUAAAUAUAUAUUCGAUCGUAAGAAAGAAAGAGACGACAAAGAAAUUAAUUCAAAAAGAGCAGCAACACGAACAGGCCUAAUAUGUAACGUAUAUUUCUGGAGACCUGCAAGUGUCAUCCUUUCGCCCUUUCAUUUGGCUUCCUACAUAUUCCCUGGCGGUUCCUGACAAUUCUAGUUUCCCCGCCUUACACAAUAUUAGUAUCGGUAAAAAUGCAAAAUGUACGUCCUUUUAUCAUGUGCCUUCAAAUAUCUAGAUGUAUUAGUUCGUCCAGCAUGUGCCCGAAUAUUAAUAGAGAAAGUAAAUUCAUGAAAAAAAUAAUGUACGGCAGUCGUAAAUCAAAAAGAAAGUGGUACGACACGAGCACAGACUUACGCAGUACCGUCAACAUCAAUCCGACCCAUACAUCGCUUUCUAUGCAUACAAAGCGUAGAAUGAUGAUUCGAGAUAAACUGUUCAUGGAGCAUAUAACAGACAUGAUGUCGAUGGGAGAAGUGUCUGACAUUAUUAAAGGAAGCAUAGAGAUUACUCAUGUCAAGAUAACUCCAGAUUUUGAAUAUGUUAAUGUGUUUUAUAUAUCCAGUAACGACGAUGCCUUGUCUGUCGACCAAGAGGCAUUGCAGAAAUGUGCCAGAAUUAUUCGUCACAAGCUAUCUCAGCUUCGUGUUAUAGGUAUAGUGCCGCCUAUCCAGUUUGUUCAAAAUAAACAAUAUUAUAUAGCAAAUGAAGUCGAUAAGAGAUUAGGAAUGAUUAAUUUUGAGGAGGCUAAUGAAAUCUUGUCCAAACAAAUGCUAUUGGAUAUUUCUGAACUUGAUAGUGUUGAUCACAAUUUACAAGAACCAACUACAAAACUGGAGUCUGAGAUAGAUCGAUUUUAUAUACAAUUGCCAGUAAUGAGACAUGAUGUAUUAGGACUGGAUCAUCACAAAAUCAUGUCUCGGAUUUCCAGUGCAGUGUCCAAGACAAAGAAAGCUGUUCAAAGACGAAUGUUAUUUGAGAAUACUGAUACAGACAAAAGCUCCCAAGAUCCAAAAAAAGUUGUGGAGUUUCUAACCCAGGAAGAGCAACGAAAGAUCUUCUCUGAUUUUUUAAACAAAAGACGAAAGGAAGAACGACGAAAAUGUAGUUCCAAAGCGGAUAAAGAGAAAUUGUUAAGUAAUUUUGAAGAAGAUAUAGAUAAUGAAGAAUCUGAUUACGACGAUGAUAACGAUAUUGAUAGUGAAUACAUUGAAGAUGAUAUUGAUAAUGAAAGCAUCGAUAAUGAAUAUAUCGACAAUUUCAAAGACGAGACGCAAAAAUGAUUUUAAAACGACUUGUCUCAAAACAAUUUUUAUUUAAUAUAAAUAUAAUACUAAAGCUCAACUUUCUGUACAUGUGUGUACAAUAAAUAAUUUAUUAGUAAUAAA